AUGUCGCAAAUUUGCUACCGACUCUCUGUGAACACCAAGUUCCCCAUAUUCCCCCAUAAUCUGGUCUCUCCCUGGAGCUGUCCUGUUCAAUCCCAGCAGAGCUUCAGCGGAAAGGAUUCCCGCCCAACUACCAACUACGGUUCCGGCGGCCACGCCGCGCAAGCCCCACUGCGGCGCCGAAGCGGAACCGUCUUCCACGCUGAUUGCACAUCGCGCGCUAUGGCAUCUCAACCUUGCAGCAGCUCACCGCAAAUUGGCGCCAUCGUGCACUUUGCAGACCAACACGGCCACAGCCCAAUCUCACCGCUCGGCCUCCCGCUGGUCGGUCCUCCACAGGGCUCUCGCCCUCCGAUUCGAAUUGCGCAAACUGCCGUGGCGUAA